CACUAUUGGUUUAAAUGUAGUACUCUGCUAUACAGUUAAAAUAGUGUUAGAGUUCUGGAGUUGCAUUUGCUAUGUGUGUCUAAGAUGCUAUAUUUUCCAGGAUUUUUAAAAUUCAAGGUUCUUAGCGAGGAUAAUAUAUAAAUGUUCUACUGCUAUCAAAGUCACUUCCACUACAAAUAUUGCAAAUUCUUCUUCUGUUUUAAUGUCACGCUGACUUUGUUGGAAUGUCUACUAAUCUAUACUAUUACUGGUGGUUUAAAUUCCAAUAACCGUUUAUGUUCCACUUUACAAUCAAAGCGAGAUUAUUAUAUACAGUUUGACCAUAAAGUCUGUAGACGAUAAAAUUAAUCUUUUUAUACAGUCUUAUUAUCGCCAAUCAAGUAUUGGUGAAGUGAUAAAAGAAUAUAAAAAGUAAACUAAAAGUUUUCUGUAAAAAUGCUAGAGUGGGGAAAGGUUUGAGGCAAAUGAUAUAUUGUAAAAUGCACAAUGGUGGUAAGAAAUUCAGAGUGUAAAAGUCACCACAGUGGCACAGUAGCACAAUACAAGUGUGAAAUAUGUUAUUUACCCCAACUAUCUUUAUAAGAGCUCUUUGAAUUUGUGAUUUCUUUUGUCUGUGGUAGGAUUGUGUAAAUAGGAAAAACUAAGUUUUAGAGGGAAGACUUCAUUCAGGUUAGAAAAUUGUUCAUUUCAUAGGUUAACUCAGGGGACGUAUAUGAGGGCUGUUUCUUUUUUUCCUGGACAGUUAGAUCAUUUUGUUUCUAAAUUUUUCAUCGUUAGAAGCCUAUAAUUUUGUGCAUCACUCAAAUAGUUGUAUAGGAAAUGCGUAAGCGCAGGUUUAACAGGAAGGUCCCAGAAGAUUUUGCAAAAUUCAGAUCCUCCACACAGAAGCCAGGCGCAUUCUUCAUAGGGUGUUACAACGACAAAAAUCAACCACAUUAUUAGAGGAGACUCUUUUUGCCUUUGUCAGGUCUACCAGGAGAGGCCAUUGGAGGAAGAACGUCACGUGACAGAGGGGUGCCAAUGUUAUUCUUUAAGGGUGUCAAGACCCUGUCAGUUUGUGAAAUAAAUAUUGGGAAACAACGAAAUGCAAAAAGCGACCUACUACGACAGCUCUGCAAUCUAUGGUGGCUACCCCUACCAAGGAGCAAAUGGUUUCACUUAUAAUGCUAGUCAGCAGCAAUAUCCUCCAUCUUCAUCACUUGUGGAAACUGAAUAUCAUCGACCAGCUUGCUCUUUACAGUCACCUGGCAGUUCUGUGUCCCACCAUAAAGCCAAUGAAAUCAAUGAGAGUUGCAUGAGGACCAUCACUAGCCAACCCAUUCAGCCCCCAGUUAUUUCAGAGCAGCAACAGCAACAGCCUCCAGCCCAGCAGGCACCAGCUCCACCGCCACCCUCUGUCUCACCACCUCAAAAUGCCAGCAGCAAUUCUGCCCCAACUAACACUACCAAGAGCCCAGUUAUUAACUCACCCACCAUGUCCAAACAAAUAUUCCCAUGGAUGAAAGAGUCUCGACAAAAUACAAAGCAGAAAAACAGCAGCUCCAGUUCAGGUGAGAGCUGUGCUGGUGAUAAAAGCCCUCCAGGGCAAGCCUCCUCUAAAAGAGCACGUACAGCUUAUACAAGUGCCCAGCUGGUAGAACUGGAAAAGGAGUUCCACUUCAAUAGAUACCUUUGCAGGCCAAGAAGGGUAGAAAUGGCUAAUUUGCUCAAUCUCACAGAAAGACAAAUCAAAAUAUGGUUUCAGAACCGCAGAAUGAAAUAUAAAAAGGAUCAAAAGGGAAAGGGCAUGAUGACCUCUUCAGGAGGACAGUCCCCAAGCAGAAGUCCUGUGCCUCCAGCUCCUGGGGGGUAUUUAAACUCUAUGCAUUCUUUAGUAAACAGUGUUCCCUAUGAGCCCCAGUCGCCUCCAUCAUUUAACAAGCCUCAUCAAAAUGCCUAUGGCAUCCCUGCAUCAUAUCCAGCUCCUCUCAAUAAUUGCCCGCCUCCUCAAAAGAGAUACACGGGGACAGCAGCGGUUACUCCUGAAUAUGAUACUCAUCCUCUUCAAGGCAACAGUUAUGGAAAUCCACAUAUACAGGGAAGCCCCGUCUAUGUGGGGGGCAACUAUGUGGACACCAUGACCAAUUCUGGGCCUUCCAUCUUUGGUCUAACUCAUCUCCCUCAUCCUUCCUCUGCCAACAUGGACUACAGUGGGACUGGGCCAAUGGGCAACAAUCACCACCAUGGACCUUGUGAUCCACACCCAACAUACACAGACCUUACUUCUCACCAUCCUUCUCAGGGAAGAAUUCAGGAAGCGCCCAAACUCACCCAUCUGUAACAGACAUGAGUUACUAAGUGGAAUGAAGUCCCCAACUUUUUUAAAGUACUUUCCACCCUCCCAUCUCCCUCUAUUUUUUUGUUUUUGUUUUGUUUGGUUUGGUAAAGCGUUCUAUAGUUUAUGUGACGUAGCAAUAUUUGUUGCUUGAAUUGCUCUAUAGUUUCAAUAGUGGAUAUUUAUCUUCUUGAACUGUAGCCUUGUGUCUCGCUUUGGGAGUAUACAUAGGCUUUAUACUUUACUUCUACACUUUUAUCAAAACAGGGUAUAUGAACAAAUUUUCUAUAACAAUAAUUCUGAAAUGUGAAUUUGUUCGUACAUGAUUGAUCCCACGGGGAAGCAAUUUUUUAUUGCACUUCUUUUAACUAGCGAGAAAGAAAUCAAAGGCGCUUGAACAGGGGCUCCCUGGACAAUUAUUAAUACGUGUUAAGUCUUUCAAUGUGUGUAUGCUGGUGAACAUUCAGAUUAAUUUAUAUUUUUUUUGAAAACAUUGAAUAAUCUAAGUGUUUAAAAUUUUAUUUAUCCCCAUCUGUUCAUAUUUAUAUAUAUAUAUAAAAUUUUGUACCCUGAAUAUUCAGGAGGUAUUUACCUGGCCAUAUGUUAGAUGGCAUAUUGGCAUAAGUAGGAAAUAUCAUUUGAAAGGAAACUAUUACUCCUUUAUUUAAAAAUAUAAUAAUGCAAUAAAUUCUG